GGUUUUAUGACCGGACAGUGUGUUCCCCAGCUGAUCCAUCCCGACUAACACAAGAUCAUGAGCAAAGACUCUCAGAUGCGGGCUGCGAUCAACCAGAAGCUGAUCGAGAUGGGGGAGCGGGAGCGGUUGAAGGAGCUGCUCAGGGCCAAGCUGGUGGAGUGUGGCUGGAAGGACCAGCUGAAGGCACAAUGCAAAGAUGUGAUCAGAGAAAAGGGCCUGGAGCAUGUGACGGUGGAGGACCUGGUCACAGAAGUCACGCCGAAAGGAAGAGCUCUCGUACCCGACAGUGUGAAGAAAGAGCUGCUGCAGAGAAUCCGAGCUUUUCUGGCUCAACACGCAACUUUGUGAAUGAGACGACGAGACGUUUUUUUUUUACUCACUGUAAAUCCACAAGUCCGACUGUUUGUUGCCAUCGUGAGCAUUGCCGAGGUGUUGCUUUUAUUUUGUAUCGUGUGUUUUCAUAUUGAUUUUUUGUUUGUUAUGCAGCAGUUUUGGGGAAAAAAUAAAAAUAAAGUCAUGCCUAUUUUGGUCA